AUGGCUGACCACGGCGAAAAGACGGACAAGGUCCACGACGAGGACCCGCGGAGACCCUCGGUCGCCCUCUACACGGCCGAAAACGUCGACCAGAUCGAGGCCCCCAUCACCUGGAAGGCCUAUCUCCUCUGCGCCUUCGCCUCCUUCGGUGGCAUCUUCUUCGGCUAUGACUCGGGCUACAUCAACGGCGUCCUCGGCGCCCAGGUCUUCGUCGACGCCGUCAUGGGCCCCGGCUACAAGCAGGUGUCGGAGAGCAACACCUCGCUCAUCGUCUCCAUCCUCUCCUGCGGCACCUUCUUCGGCGCCCUCAUGGCCGGCGACCUCGCCGACUGGAUCGGCCGCAAGUGGACCGUCAUCCUCGGCUGCUUCGUCUACAUCGUCGGCAUCGUCAUCCAGAUGAUCACGAGCCCGAGCAACGCCCUCGGCCCCAUCGUCGCCGGCCGUCUCAUCGCCGGCUUCGGCGUCGGCUUCGAGUCGGCCAUUGUCAUCCUCUACAUGUCCGAGAUUUGCCCCCGCAAGGUCCGCGGCGCCCUCGUCGCCGGCUACCAGUUCUGCAUCACCAUCGGCAUCCUGCUGGCCUCGGUCGUCGUCUACGCCACCAAGAACUACCCCAACACGGGCGUCUACCGCAUCCCCAUCGCCAUCCAGUUCCCCUGGGCCCUCAUCCUCGGCGGCGGCCUCCUCUUCCUGCCCGACUCGCCCCGCUACUACGUCAAGAAGGGCAAGAUCCAAAAGGCCAUCAGCGCCCUCGCCCGCGUUCGCGGCCAGCCCGAGUCGUCGCAGUUCGUCCAGACCGAGAUCGCCGAGAUCAUCGCCAACGAGGAGUACGAGCGCGCCCUCAUCCCCUCGACCACCUGGUUCGGCAGCUGGGCCAACUGCUUCAAGGGCAGCCUCUGGGUCUCGCGCUCCAACCUGCGCCGCACCAUCCUCGGCACCUCGCUCCAGAUGAUGCAGCAGUGGACCGGCGUCAACUUCAUCUUCUACUACUCGACGCCCUUCCUCCAGUCGACGGGCGCCAUCGACGACCCCUUCAUCAUCUCCCUCAUCUUCACCCUCGUCAACGUCUGCUCGACGCCCCUCUCCUUCUGGACCGUCGAGCGCUUCGGCCGCCGCACCAUCCUCAUCUGGGGCGCCCUCGGCAUGCUCAUCUGCCAGUUCCUCGUCGCCAUCGUCGGCGUCACCGUCGGCUUCAACUACACGCACCCCGACCCCGCCGACCCGACCAAGAGCAUCGCCGACAACAUCCCGGCCGUCAACGCCCAGAUCGCCUUCAUCGCCAUCUUCAUCUUCUUCUUCGCCUCCACCUGGGGCCCCGGCGCCUGGAUCGUCAUCGGCGAGAUCUUCCCCCUGCCCAUCCGCUCGCGCGGCGUCGCCCUGUCGACGGCCUCGAACUGGCUGUGGAACACCAUCAUCGCCGUCAUCACGCCCUACAUGGUCGGCGCCAACCGCGGCAACAUGAAGUCGUCGGUCUUCUUCGUCUGGGGCACCCUCUGCACCUGCGCCUGGAUCUACUCGUACUUCCUCGUCCCCGAGACCAAGGGCCUGUCCCUCGAGCAGGUCGACAAGAUGAUGGAGGAGACGACGCCCCGCACCUCGGCCAAGUGGAAGCCCCACGAGACCUUUGCCCAGUCGGUCGGCACCGGCCAGUUCGUCGACAAGCACACGGUCGAGGACCCCGAGGGGCGUGGCUCGUCCCUCUAG